GCGCGUCCCCACAGCGCGCGCGCGAGCGAGCGACACCGGCGGGUGAGGAGCCGCCGCCGCCAUCAUGUUCGGGGGCCUGGGGCGCUGCUUCGAGGAGGAUCCGUUCUUCCGUGAUCCUUUUGCCGCGCAUCAUGAGUAUAUGCGGCAGAUGAUGAGAAGUUUUUCCGAUCCUUUUGGACGAGAUCCUUUUCUUAGCAUAACAGAUGGUAGGGAGAGAACGGUAGAUCGAAGAACGCACCAUGAUUCUCAAGUUGCUCUGAGAGGAAGUCGCAGAGCAGUAAGCUGUUCCAUCAUGCCCUUUGCAGGCUUUGGUAGAAUGCAGGAUUCAGAUUUUGAGGAACCUUUUUUUGCAAUGGACAGAAUGAUGUCAAAUAUGAGAAACAGUAUGUUAGAGAUGCAAAGGAAAUUUGAUGAUCUGUCUGUCCGUCCUGAUGCACACACAUUCAGCUCCUCCUCUGUGAUGACAUAUUCCAAAAUAGGGGAUGAACCACCAAAAGUUUUCCAAGCUUCAGCUCAGACACGCACAGCUCCGGGAGGUGUUAAGGAGACAAGAAGAGCACUUAAAGAUUCUGAAAGUGGACUGGAAAAAAUGGCUAUUGGUCAUCAUAUUCAUGAUCGUGCCCAUGUUAUACAAAAAUCAAAGAAUAAGAAAACUGGUGAUGAAGAACUGAACCAAGAGUUUAUCAACUUGGAUGAAAGUGAGGCCCAGACCUUUGAUGAAGAGUGGCAAAAGGAGAUUAUGAAGUUCAAGCCAUCUAGAACUACAUGCAAUAUAGAAACUCCAAAAUACAGAAGUAUUCACCACAUACCCAAAGAUGAUAGAUCAAGAAGAGAGAAAACACUUACAAAAACACCAAUUGCAGGUUCCAGAGGACCCAGAGUUUCUUCGGAGAACCUCAGUGUGAAAGGAUCACAUGUUCCCAUCAAAAGCAGCAAAAAAUAAAUGGUUUGCAUGUCCUUUUGGAUGGAGUUUCUUCAGAGAAGAUAAUGGUGCUGUUUGUUUAUGUUUGUAUAAGUAUAUGCGUAUAUAUGACCAAUCUGUUUUUUGUUUUACUAAGUAUUAGUGUGCCUUUCUCCUCUAAUCUUUUGACCAUUGAAUGUUCUUUAAAACUCUAGAUUUCUGGUUUAAACCAUCUAGUUUCAAUAAAUUUUUUUAAAAAGUACUUUCCACUGCAAAGCACUUUAAUGGGAUAUCACUAAUUCUGUUUAAAAAUACAUUGCUUUGUCUUGAAAGGGUUUUUUCCCCACAACUGCACUAGUUAUCCCCCACUUUUUAUCAGGCCUGAUAAUGAAACUGCUUUUUUCUACACUGUAUAACUUGCACAGAAAGUAAAUUCUAUUUUGAUUUUGUGUGGCUGAAACAAUUACUAAUUUUGGUUUAUCAAUACAUCAGUUUAUCACAAAUUCAGUACUAUCACCAGUAUGUAAUUAGCUUUAAAAUCGCAUUGUAAAUUGUUACAGAAUCCACAGAUACAUCAUCUUCAACAUGAGAAAAAAGUGAAAGGAAUACUAAAAUGAUAGUUAAAUACAUAAAUAAAAUUCAGAAUUUAUCAGCUCUCUUAUAUCUGUGCACUGUGCUUGCAUCUCAUGUUCUAUACCUAGGCUGUUAAUUUUUGAUCUCUCAUGUAUUUUCUUUGGAGGUGACCCGUUAUAUUUCAUUCCUGAAGACUCUUCAGAGUAGUUUUCAAUUUUUCUGUAGUAAUGUGUCCUUAUAAAACUCAACUAAAACUGCAGCUUAGUUUUUAACCAGAAAAGUAAGUGGGGAGAAAUUGGUUCGAUAGGCAGUAGUUUGUUAAUUAGAUAAUGAAUAAUUACUCCAUUUUUUCUGUUCUAAAAAAACUUAAAAAAAAAAAAAAAAAAAGAGAGAGAGAGAGAGAAAGCUUUGUAUACAGGAAACCAUUUUUCUGUCAGUUAACAGAUGUGUUGUAUGAUAUUUUUGCCCUGAUUUAGGAGAUGCAGAGGAAUCUAGUAAAUCUUGAAUCUUCCUUGAUUAUUUUUCUCUCCCCUCCCCAACACCUCCUCCCUUACUGUUUGCUUAAAGAUUCUGGUGUUGUAGAAGGAAGCAGACUGGUGACUGAGAACAGAUAAAGUCUUUGUAUUAGAAGUGUUGAAGUUCAUACGCCAUUUGGUUAACUGGAACAGAUCCCAAGUUAUAGUAUAAAUAAUUAAUUUCUGUAGAAUAUAACAUAGCAUUAGCAGUAGAACAAGUAUUUCAAAGCUAAAAUAUUAUAGUGUAGCCUUUAAAAUACUAUUUAUGAUAAAUAAAAAAUAUAUUUAAAUGUUUGUAUGACUAAAAAGGAAAAUUUCUUUAAAUUGCCUCUUUCUGAAAUUUCCUAGAUUUUUUAACUUGACUCUUGCACAUUAUUAAACAUACGCACUUCUGUUGAACUCUACUAUAGAAAUAAAUUGUUUCUCCACGUUUUUAAUUGCGUUAUGAGAGUGAGUCCUGGUGGCAAGGAGUUUGCUGGAAUGUUCUCCCAGAGGGACAGGUUGAAAGCCACCCCUGAGCCCUCUGCGGUAUUUUCCAGAGGGUGUCUGCCAGAGCCCUUAAUCUAAGGGAUGUUUUAACUCUACUUGGAUAGUAACGAAGAACAGCUUGGGGACUGAUCCUUGCUUUCAUUGAGAACACAAGACUGUGGAGGCGAUCUUCAGUUACGUCAUGUGAACUUCCCAGUGAUAAACAGAAAAGAGCACUUGGGGCAUAAUGAUUUUUUUCAGGUGGUAACUUCAGAAAAGAAUCUUUGAGAGAUGGUGCUAUUUAACAGAAAAUAGUAUUUAUCUGACCACUUUUAUUUUUGCAUGUGCAUAUUCUGGGAGGAAAAACUAUGGCACUCAUAUGUAAUUGGUAAAACAAGUACAUCCUGUAAUUGUGAAAUUAUAGCAGAAAGAGACUAAUAUUCAUUACAGGUUAGUUGAUUUUGCAAAAUCGUGUUAUAAAAUGUAACGAGAGAGAAAUUGUUCUCCGUGGAACCACCUGAAAACUGUAAUUCUUUAUUAAUAAAGAGCUAUCUGUUAUUGAG